AUGGAAGCUAUGAAGGAGACUGUGGAGGAGAGUUUGAGAGAGAUGAGAGAGACGUUUGCGAGCGGGAGGACAAGGAGUGUGAAGUGGAGGAAGACACAGCUUGGAGCUAUAAUCGAGAUGGUUAAAGACAACGAAGACAAGAUGUGUGAUGUUCUGUUUCAAGAUUUGGGCAAACAUAGUACUGAAGCUUUUAGAGAUGAGCUUGGUUUUGUCAUUCGAUCAGCUACUACUGCUUUAAACUGUCUUGAUAAAUGGGUCGUUCCCAAAAAGACCAGCCUUCCUCUGUUGUUCUACCCAGCAAAAGGGAAAGUGAUCUCGGAACCCUAUGGAACAGUUCUUGUUCUGUCUAGUUGGAACUUUCCUAUAUCUUUGUCUCUGGACCCAUUGAUUGGGGCAAUAUCAGCAGGAAAUACCGUGUUGCUCAAGUCAUCUGAACUAAGCCCUAACGCAUCUGCCUUCCUCGCCAAGAUAAUCCCGUCUUAUCUCGACAAUAAAGCCAUCAAAGUUAUCGAAGGAGGUCCUGAUGUCGCAACCAUCCUCUUGAAACAGCAAUGGGACAAGAUCUUCUUUACCGGGAGUCCGAGGAUUGGAAAGAUCAUACUGGCUGCAGCUGCAGAGCAUUUGACUCCUGUGACAUUGGAGCUUGGUGGAAAAUGUCCAACCAUUGUUGAUCAUCACUCAGUUUCAAAGGACAUGAAGUCGGUAGUGAAGAGGAUCUCUGGAGGAAAAUGGGGAUCUUGCAGUGGACAAGCUUGUAUUGCCGUAGAUUACAUUCUUGUCGAACAGAGUUUUGCGUCUUCUCUGGUUGAUAUGUUGAAGCCGGUGAUAAAGACUUUCUUUGGGGACAACCCUAAAGAAUCUGGAUGUCUCUCUAGGAUUGUCUCCAAGAAACACUUUGAGAGAUUGUCUCGUCUUCUUAAUGAUCCUGGUGUCAAAGCUUCCAUCGUCUAUGGAGGUUCCAUGGAUGAAGAGAAACUGUAUAUCGAACCAACGAUCUUGUUGGAUCCUCCACUUCAUUCUGAGAUCAUGAAUGAAGAAAUAUUUGGUCCAAUUCUCCCGAUUAUCACGUUACGUGACAUCCAAGAAAGCAUAGGAUUCAUCAAGUCAAAACCAAAGCCCCUUGCCAUUUAUGCAUUCACCAAUGACGAAAACCUUAAAACUAGAAUCUUGUCAGAAACAUCCUCAGGAAGUGUUACCUUCAACGACGUCAUGAUCCAGUAUAUGUGUGAUGCGUUGCCCUUUGGAGGAGUGGGAGAGAGUGGAAUAGGAAGGUAUCAUGGUAAAUACUCAUUCGAGUGUUUCAGUCACGACAAGGCAAUAAUGGAAGGAAGCUUAGCAAUGGAUCUUGAAGCCCGAUAUCCUCCAUGGAACAACUUCAAGCUCAACUUCAUUAGACUCGCGUUUCGUGAAGAUUACUUCAAGCUUGUCCUCCUUAUGCUUGGUCUCAUCAAAAAAUAA